AUGAUAGCAUCAUUACUUGUUUCGUAUCAUGAUAAUCCUUUAAUUGGUGGUCAUUUCGCAGUUAUAAGAACAUUAAAAAAAAUCCAACAACAAUUUUGGUGGUCAAAUAUGAAACAAUCUGUUAUUGAUCAUAUAAAAUCCUGUAUGGUUUGUCAAGCUUAUAAUAUUAGUCAAGAAAAACGUUCAGGCUUUCUUCAUCCAGUUCGACCUUCUGAUGGUCCUAAUGCAUUACUUGAAAAGGAUUUCUGUGGUCCAUUCCCAACAACACCACAAUACAAUAAAUAUGUUGUAUGUCUCACAGACUAUUUUACAAAAUUUGUAACUGCGAUACCAUUAACAGUAUGUUCUGCUCAAGUUACAGCGGAGGCUAUUUUUAAAGAUUAUAUAUGUCUUUAUGGUGUACUUAAAGCAAUUGCAUCAGAUCAAGGUUCUAGCUUCAAGAACCAACUGAUGAUUUCAUUUUCACAAUUAGUUGGUUAUCAUCACAUUCUUUGUACUCCAUAUCAUCCUCAAGCUAAUGGACAAGUAGAACGCAUUAAUAGUACAUUCGUUACUCAAAUUGCUAAAUUAACUGAUCCAUAUCUUCCAACAGAUCAUCCACCAACAGCUUUUACAUUCUCAAGACCUAAUGAUUAUUUUCAUCAAUUGAUCCGUAAUUUAGAACAUUAUCAUGAAGCAGUGAAAGAAAAUAUUUUACAACAACAACAACGCUCCAAGACUGGGUAUGAUCAUCAUCGUCAAAAUCCUGAAUAUGGCUUAGAUACAACAGUUUUAACUCGAAUUUUUACUACAAGAUCAAAAUUAGAUCCAAAGUUUUCUGUUCAUCCAAAAGUUAUUAUUAAAAAAAGUUCAUCCACUCUAUUGGGUUGA